AUGUCAACGACUCAUCCACAACAACAACCUCCUCCUUCUCCAUCCUCUUCCAAAUCAUCCAUUCUUUCAUCAUCAACACAAAACACAGAUCAAAGUUUAAUUCAAAAUUAUUUUCUAAUUUUACAUUCAUCAUUAAAUCAAUCAGCGCAAAACAGUGAAAGAUAUAUUGAAAAAUUAAAAUAUGUUCCUCCGAUACAAAUUACCCAAAUCUAUCCAACAAUAUUAUUUAAAAAAUUAAUUCAACCAAAUUUGACAUCACGUGAUUUAUAUGAUCUAUUGAGAGAAUGCUAUCAAAUUAUAACAUUACCUGUUGGUGUAAAUCGAGGAAUUGAUUUCACAAAUCAUAGUGGAAUUAUAUUAUUUCUAAUUAAAUUAUUAAUUAAUACUAAAACGAUGAAGAAAAUCAAAGUAUUAAUUCUAUUGAUAUUAACGAAUAUUAAAUUGAAUGAUUUUUCACAAUUUCAUCAAAUCAAUGAACAACAAAAUCCCUAUGUGAAAUAUCUAGAAUAUUAUACGAGAACCAUGAACUCUGAACUUUCACUCUUGGAUCAAUUAAUUCCAAUUCAAGACAAGUCUAUGAAUUCACUUGUAGAUGUUCUCUAUUUGAAUCAUAAAUUUGAAAUUUCAGAUUCUACAAAAAUUCAAAUUUAUGAAAGUGAUGGUCAUACUAUUCAUCCAUUAAUUAUUCAAGGAUCAUCUAAAACAGGUAAUAGUAAUACCAUCUAUACAGUUUUAAAUCGAGUGAAACAACAUUCAUCUUAUACCAUUCAAUCAAAUUAUUGUUUUAGUUUAUUGAAACAAGAAUUACUUGAAAAUUUUAAUUCUCUCUCUAAACAACAAUUACAAUCCAUUCUAAAAUAUAAUUUAAGAAUUAUGCAACAAUGUGAAUACUUGUUGAAUGAUUCAGAUCAUAUUUCCUAUAUGGCAAGUGUGUUAUUAGAAUCCAUCACACAAAUGGAUAUUAUUUGUUUUAGAGAUUCAAAUUUUGUGAAUCAAAUAUUUCCAAUUCUCAAGAAAAUGUUUUUAACCAUUUCAAAUCAUCCAUCAGCAAUCUCUUCAUGCUCAUUGGUUCUAUUGGAAUGUGUGAAAUUCUUUAUGCAUCACUCAUAUACAUUUAUUUAUGAUCCAAACAUGUUGAUUGAAAGAUUCUUUUCCAUUUAUUGGACUCAUUUCAAAACCAAUAUUUUAUUGCAUGUCGAGUUAUUGAACAUGCUCAUUUUGAAUCAUUCCUUUAUUGUGGAAAAUGAUCUCUCCUAUGUUUACAAAUAUUCCUACAAGAUUAUUUUCAAAAUAUUUGAAAUCAUUCCAUACAAGGUUCAUCACUUGAUACAAGUACUGUUACCAUGUCUUGUGAAUGAACAUUCAUUUACUGAGAUUUUUCAUAUUUUAACACAACUCUCAGAUCCCAUCUAUCAUAGUCAUGUGAAUGUUUUGUUAAAAAUUUAUUUUUCAAAAUGUAUCAAUGAUGAAUACAUGCAAGUAUUGAUUCCCAUCAUGAUUGAUAAAAUUAAUGGAGAGAAUCAUGCAUUACAUGAGAGUUCACAUAUGAGUGAGUCCACAAUGAUGAUGAUGGCACCAGUUGAAACUCCAACACGAAACAUCUAUGAGGAUGUCAUUAUUGAACAAUUAACCCAACAAGUUCACAAAGUGUACACAAAUAUGACCACAGCUCCUUCUCUCUCGAAUACAACCACUCAUGUCAGUAGCUCUGGAAUUACAAGUGGUAGUAGCAGUAGUAGUGCCAUCAUUAACAAGAUGAAAACUGUUCUUCAUAGCAACAAUGACAAAUUAUUCCAAUUAAGGUCAUUCAAUCCAUUUAUGAAAGUCUCGAAUUAA